AUGAGACGGAGAUGUGACGCUGAAAAGAACGAAGAUAUUUGUGAAUCGGUUGGAGAACCGUACGGUAAGGAUUGCAAUGCAGAAGUAUAUAAUGGUGAAGAGAGGAGGGAUACUCAUAGUGCGGGAUAUAGAUGGAAGAAAUUCAAAGCAGGGACGAAUAGAGAGAGAUAUGGGAUGAAUGAUUACUGA